AUGCUUAAUCACCAUGAUCAGGUCACACGGUUCUAUGAGGAGAUCGAGGUCACUCCUAAGAAUGGAUUGGUCCACUGCACCAGCCACAGCUUAAGAAUGUUCGUGAGCUACAUCAAUCGGCGACAUGACGGUUCUGAGAGAAAGGAUCACCGCCUCAAGGCGAUCUUCGACGAGGUCGCCAAGAGCUGGCCGCCGAAGCCCCGCAGCCGCAGGUCCUUGGCUGCGGUUGUGGCCGAAGAUGGAGAAGAUGUUGAGUGUGAGGAGGAGGAGGCAGAGGAGGAAGAGGAAUUACAGCUCACCGAGGAUGAUGAUGAGGAUGUUUGCCAGGCAGCUGAGGUUGAUGAUUACUUGGCCCAGUCCCUCGGCCUUGUGCCGGGAUCCCCGCAACCGCCUUCGGCCUAUGUGGGCACAGUGGCUUAUGAGCUGAGUGAUGAAGGACAGCCGGUGCCAUACGCACCAGCUUUGCCUGCUGUCGAUGAAAGCCCAGAUCUCGUGAAACAGUUGGCUGAGUUGGAGCAUCUUGUUUCAACUCAAGGGCAAUCGUUCGAAUAUAUCAAUACUGAAGGCAAUAGUGCUUUAUCUUAA